AUGGACCCCCCGCCUCUACUUCCCCCGCCUCUGGAACCCCUUUUUCUUGCGUCUCAACCUACUACCGAAGCUGCAGUUGUUUGCCAGGCAGACACACUGGCUCCCCUUCCAGCUCCAAUUGCAGUCUCAACCUCAGCCCCAACCUCUAACGAACUCCAAGAAGAGUUGGCUAGAGCCGAGGAAGAAGCCGAAUCGUUCCUCCAGGACGGCAAAGUCUGCUGGGGCGAGAUUGAGGCUGUGUGCACGGCGACGGGACAGAUCCCUGCCUCCUUGAGGCUCAAGAUGCACGAUAUUCUUGACCGUCGCACCAGGGCUGUUAGCAUUGUCAAGCGUCUUAGGGAGAAGGUGGAAACCAGCUCAUCGUUGUGCACGGAAUGCACCAGUCCAACAUCCACCGCAAGCCACUCCAUCUCCGACGAGCCCUCUACAAGCGAGUCCGAACCCACAAGUGCAUCUGCGGACCCCCCCGCGAUGGACACUGCCCCUCAGCCUCCGAUGACCAUCGUCAGGUUAAGCGCUGCUGGAGGAAGCCCGUCGCGACCUCAAGGACGCGGUGGAGCCUUCGCGGGCGUGCCCCUGGAUACCCCAGCUGUACAGCAUAGACUGGAGAGCGUGCGUCAGCGGCUCAGGGACGCCUCGGAGGCCAAAGCAUUCCUUGAGAAGGUGAAAAGGGAGGCGGGAGAGAAGGAGGCGGAGGAAAAGGAGACAUGCGAGAAGGAGACGGGCGACAAAGAGACGGUCAAGAAGGAGGUGAACAAGAACGAGGCGGAAGAGAACGAAGCGGCUCUCCUCCCCACCACCAAGGACUCCGAGUCAGUCAACUGA